GUUCUUAAACCUUGAAUGGUGGAGCCACUUCACACACUCGCUAAAUCUCUGGAAAGUGGAAACCCUCUCUCUCUCCCUCGCUCACCGAUCACCACUGAAGUUAUGGAAAAUUAUGCCUACAAUUCCUCCUACCCUGAGUCCGGUAGUUCAUCGCCGCGAUCCCGAGAAAUCGAGUUCGAAAAUUCCGCGCCGUGGGAGGAUCAUCAGUCGCAGAAUUGCAACAAGGUCAAGUUUAUGUGCAGUUACGGCGGAAAAGUCAACCCGCGGCCGCACGAUAACCAGCUCUCCUACAUAGGCGGCGAGACGAAGAUCCUCUCCGUCGAUCGGAACAUCAAAUUCGCCGCCCUGCUCUCCAAGCUGGCCGCGCUCUGCGAUUCCGGCGAUAUCUCGUUUAAGUAUCAGCUACCAGGAGAGGAACUGGAUGCCUUGAUUUCGGUGACGAAUGACGAUGAUUUGGAGCACAUGAUGACCGAGUACGAUCGGUUGUUCAGGGUUUCGCCGAAGCCGGCAAGGCUGCGUGUUUUCGUGUUUUCGAACCAGACUCCGAGCCUGAACCCCUCGGCUCGGAGUUUCGGCUCGGAGGAGGCGAAGACGGAGAAAGAGCGGUUCGUGGAAGCGCUGAAUUCCGCGCCGCAGCCUUCGGUGCCCGCGGCCGCCCCGCAGCAGCAGCCGCCGCGGAAUAGCGUUGAUUUUCUGUUAGGAUUUGAGAAGGCGAAUGCGAAUCAGGCGGUGGCGGGGAGAGUUCAUGAGUUUGAGGAUCCGGUUAUGAUCGGGUCGGAUCCGAUCCAGAAGCACAUUCAGGAUCUACAGAGGCUGCAAAUUGAGGAACGGCAAGGAAUGUACAGAAGGAAGAGCGACGACAAUCUCUCCGUCGGAUCCGGAGGCGGCGAGUACAAUAAACAGCCGGAGAAGCUACCUCAGGCGGCAAUCCCCGGCGGCGUUCCUUAUUGGACGGAGAAACAGGCUCCUACCGGAGUCUAUCCUAAUCCGGCGACUGCGAGCAACAUUGGUAAAGAGCAACAGCAAGUUUACAUGAUUCCGGCGCCAGCAAACGCAUACCCGGCGCAGAUGAUGAGGCCAGCCACCGCACCCCCAAAUCAAGGCUACUACGCGGUUCAGAGGAUGCCGGCAGAGGGAUACCGAGAGCAGCAGCAGCCGAUGUACAACAUGAUUCAGCAAGGCGCCGUGCCUCCUCCGGUAAUUCAAACCAUGCCGCCGCCGCAGCAACAGCAGCAGCAGAAGGUAGGGGGAUACUCCGAGGGUUACAGGAUGGUGGGGCAGGGGACAGCUGGCGGUGUUGGAAUGGUGGCGGAAGGAGGAUACGCGCCGGUGGCAUACGACGGGAGGCAGAUGGUCUACUCUGCGCCCGGCGGUGUGAUGGCGCAGCCGCCGCAGUAUCAAGGUGUGGCGGCUGAUAUGAGAGCGGCGGCGGAAGCAGGGGCCAAAGCUGCUGCCAAGGCUACGCAAGCAUCUGUGUGAUUGAAUUUGAGGGUAAGCGUAUCAAUAACUUGAGUUUAUUAAUGCAAUUUUAUGUCGUCUUUUAUCGUUGUUUAGUUAUUGAGUUUGUCACCUGAACUGAAUUCAGAGGAGUAGUAUUUGUUGAACUGCCAA